ACUGUGUCGGCGCGGGUAAAUUAAAAGCGGAGAAGCGGCGCUUGUGAGGGGAAAAUGGUUGCCGGCUGGGAAGUGUGAGUCGGUGGCUGACUCCGCGCGGCGGGGGGAAGGUGAGUUAAGGGCAGCUAGGCGGGUAAUUAAAGGUCGGCGUAAGGCAAAGCAGGCCGCGGCCGCCUCAAGCCUUGCCCCACCUUCGGAGGCGCCUUCGCGGGGGGGGGGGGGGCGGCGGGCGGGAAAGAGGCUCUGUAAGAAGCUGGUCGCUGAUUGGCCGACACUGGAAAGGCUUGGCCAAUAGGGAGCGGAGAAGUGCGCGACGGAGGACUUUUGAAAGGAGCGACGUUGAUUGGCGGCGCAAGCGGCGCCCGAAGGCCGCUCAUUGGUCGCCCCGCCGCGGGAACGAGAGCCGGAGCGGCGGGAGAAGAGAUUCCCGGAGGCGCGGAGCUGCGCCUUCGCUUGGCGGGGACGCGCACGGGCCUCGCGCCGGCGGAAUCGUGGCUGCUGGGCGCGCAAUGAAGGGAGGCUGCCUGCCGCCCGUCUUCGUGAUUUAAUGCUCUGGCCUCGGCAGCUUCCAAGCAGCCUCUCUCAAACUUGGGUCCCCAAACGUUGCCGGGCUGCAACUCCCAUCGCCCCUGACCACUGGUCCUGGGAGUGAUGGGAGUUGUAGUCCACCAACAGCCCGGGACCCAAGUUUGAGAGAGGCUAGCUUGUGGUCACCUUUGUCUAGGGAAAAUUGGGGGAGCGACUGGGAGCUCCCAGUUACUCUUGCUGCUGAUGGAUGGAGCAUAUAGAUAGAGGUGAGCGGUCGGAAGAGUGUACUUGGGCUUUUGAAAAAGCUUUUGGCAAAGUGCCUUACCAAAGGCUGCUGAGAAAUCUUGGCAGUCACAGAAUAAGAGAGGUCCUGUUGUGGAUCAGGAAUUGGUUAAGUGCAGGAAGCAAAUAGUCGGAAUACAUAGGCUGUUCUCCAAAUAGAGGGAUGUAGAAAGCGGAGAUCCCCAAGGCUUGGUGCUGGGACCUGUGCUUCUUUACUUCAUAAAUGAUGUAGAGUUUGGACUGAUCAGUGAGGAGGCCAAGUUUCCUAGAAUCAUAGAAUCAUAGAGUUGGAAGAGACCACAAGGGCCAUCGAGUCCAACCCCUGCCAAGUAGGAAACACCAUCAGAGCACUCCUGACAUAUGGUUGUCAAGCCUCUGCUUAAAGACCUCCAAAGAAGGAGACUCCACCACACUCCUUGGCAGCAAAUUCCACUGUCGAACAGCUCUUACUGUCAGGAAGUUCUUCCUAAUGUUUAGGUGGAAUCUUCUUUCUUGUAGUUUGGAUCCAUUGCUCCGUGUCCGCUUCUCUGGAGCAGCAGAAAACAACCUUUCUCCCUCCUCUAUGUGACAUCCUUUUAUAUAUUUGAACAUGGCUAUCAUAUCACCCCUUAACCUCCUCUUCUCCAGGCUAAACAUGCCCAGCUCUCUUAGCCGUUCCUCAUAAGGCAUCGUUUCCAGGCCUUUGACCAUUUUGGUUGCCCUCCUCUGGACACGUUCGUUUGUGAAUGACACUAAAUUGUUUAGAGAGGUUAAAUCAAAGAGAUUGUAAAGACUUCCUGAAAGGACCUCUAAGCUGAGAGCAGUAAAAAUAGGAAAUGCAGUUCAUUAUAAAAAACCACAAGCUGCUGCAUGUUGAAGCAAAAAAUUAAUUUCAUGUACAUGCUCAUAGAGUCUGAAAUGGAGGUGAUGGACCAGGACUGAGACCUUCCAUUGAGCUAUCCACCAUGACCCCAAGACGCUGGCCAGUGUGCAGCAGCAAUAGAAAAGGCAAAUUCCAUUAUUUACGUAUUAAAUUUGUCAGUCACUUUAUCUUGCCUACAGAAACCUAAAGUAACCAAAUAAAGAUACAAUAAUUCCCACAUAGAUACAUUAAAACCAUUGCAACUGCCUGGCAGGCAAAAAGAGAAGAGUGUCUUCUUUUUUACGCCAUCUGGUGGAAAGUCGAGGGGGAGGGGGCUAAAUUGGCUGUGCCAGGCAAGGAGUUCUAAGCCUGGGUGCAGCCAGGGAGGGACACCGCCCCCCCCCUGAAUUCCUACCAGCCAUACCUCAAGUACAGAACAUGGAAAAGACCCUUUUCCCUGAAUCUAAUUCAGUCGUACCUUGGAAGUUGAAUGAAUCCAUUCCAGAAGUCAGUUCGACUUCCAAGAUGUUUGAAGCCCCGUCACACGUUCAGCUUCCAAAAAUAGUUUGACAACCGGAACAGUCACUGGGUUUGUGGCAUUCAGAAGCCAAAACGUUCGAGAACUAAGCUGUUCAAAAACCAAGGUACAACUGUAUGUGAGCCAAGUUUCAUACUGGAGAAGAUGGUAUUUCAGGUAUCCUGGCCCUAAAGUGUGAAAAAGAACCCCUUUCUUGCCCACAUCAUAGGCUCCAAUGAGUUACUUUAGGGAACCUAUUUCAGCCCAAGGACUCCUUUCUCUCAAGAGCAGCCUUCCAGUGAUGGGCACAGGUGGGAGUCAAGAAGUAGGUGAGUCCAGAGAGGGGAAAGUGAGUGUAGCAAUGUGACUAUAUCCUGUGCAGUAGGCUACACUCCAGCUACAUAAAAUCCAGAGGUUUGCGCAGAAACACAUUUCUAGGCAGGCAAAACCACUCAAAGAGGGCAUAGAGCAGGCGUGCUGAGGCAUGAAAGACAUUAAACCAGUACUUUUAAUUGUGGUAAGAAAUGAACUGGAAGCCAAUGCAACUGUUGUUACCAAGGAAUUGUAGAUCUCAUUAGCUGUUGUUUCCCUCCUAGCAACAAUGAGUGCCUCAACGCCGCAGUCUGCUGGCUCUAAAGGAAAUGCCUCUUUCGACAGUGUGUUUGUGUCCCCUGGCACUAGGCGGCAGCCUCUUAGUGCCUCAGGCACCCCUGUGCUGGAAAACUGCCCUGGGAAUGAUGAUGAGCGAGAGAGGAAGCAGCGUCGGCGCUCCAGGGUGGUUGACUUGCAGUUUAGCACCGAGUCGCCUCUGUUUAUAAAGUCCCCAUCCAACAAGUAAGUGUGGUUUGCGCAAGCAUUGAUAGUGUGUGUGUGUGUGUGUGUGUGUGUGUGUGAGAGAGAGAGAUUUAUUGCUAUACUACACUGCUUUGCUUAUUGCUUUGUUUUAGGCAAGCAGAAACAUCAUUGCCAGCAAUUCCACAACUGUCAAAUGCCCAAAUUGCAGAUCAUUAUUCCACAUGCAUCAAACUUUCAACAGAAAAUGUAAGUAAGUCUAGCAUCAUUAACUUCAAAGACACACCCUUAUCAAGAGCUGCUCUGGCUACUACAGGCAGAACUGCUUGCAUUCCAUGAUUUCAUAUAAAUGUAAAAUGCCUCUGAAUCUAGAUUUAUACCUUCAGAAUACUGACCAUCUUUCCUCCUGCAUAGCUUAUUGUACUUAUACAUGUUAACUAGAAGGACAAUUAAUGAUACAAAUAAAGCAAGUUUUCAUAAAUUUCGUAUCAUUCAAGUGGAUUGUAGAAUUAGACCUUUCUUGGCACAGGAUUUAGAUGAACUUGUUGCAGAUUCUAAGAUUAUUGUUUACUGUAGAUUCUAGGAUGAAGAAUGUAGCUGUCAAUAAUGUCAACUUGCUGUUCCCUCUUCCAGAAAAUCACCACGAAGAAUGUAUUUGGUUUGCACCUUAUCGACUACAUGACAGAAAUACUCAGACAAAAGGACUCUGAACCCACCAACUUUAAGGUUAGAGGCCUUCCUCAUGUGUUUCCUGUGACAGAGAAUGUGCACAGAAAAGGUUGGGCUUGAUCUGCAUAUCCACUUCUGGUAACUUUUGGAGAGUCUUGGGUUUCUUCCUACACUCUGCUUCUUUGAGGGUCAUGUGUGAAUGUAUACGUUGAAAUACUGCUAUUCUUCCUAGUGUGGUCCAUGCAGCAAAUUUUAAAAAUGCCCCCUCUGGAAAAGCUGGCUUACUGAUCUACUGCAGAAAGUGAAAACUGUCUGCCACCGCAUUCUACCUAGCAGUACCACACAUUCAUUUAUGGAGGACUCAGGUUGGGUUUGCCAGACUUUGAAAGGCUAUUUCCAGGUUGCCAAAAGCCAUCGUGAGGGAAGAUUGUUUUGACUGAGGAACAACCAGGCUGGAAAGGAAUAGUUGCAUAUAUUUAAAUAAUGGCUACUAUUCCUGACAAUUGGGCUAAUCUAACCAACCUUAGUUUGUCUUCGUACCCUUUUCAGCCAGAGACAGAAGCCCAGAGUAGGAGGAGGGCAGGUGGAAAGUCUGGGAAGCAAGGCAAAGAAAAGGAAGGCUUUUCUUAUCUUGUUGACAAGUAGUCUGUAGGUUCAUAGUAGCCCACUCAAAGCUUAGUUCCACUCUCUUAACUUCUUUCUUAACAUUCCCCCUUACAGGUAGCAGCUGGUACCCUGGAUGCCAGUGCAAAGAUCUAUGCAGCAAAAGUUGAUGCUGUCCAUGCAGAUGUUUACAGAGUUCUUGGAGGGCUGGGAAAACAGUCUGCUACUGCAGAGCCUGUGGAUGGUCAGGAUACAGGUGUGUUGCUUAUCACGAUGAGCUGAGCAUGGGAUUUGGAAUAGCACGUGUGGGGAAGGCCCAUAGCACAGCUGUAGGCAGUGAUGUGGGGUGGGAAAAAAUCUGUUUCAUUAGUACCUAUGAAUGGAUGUCAAACAAGAUAAGGCAAGCUUGGAAGUUGCAAGUUCUAAUUAAUAUAUUUCAGAUGAUUAUGAGUCAACAUAUGCAAAGUUAUUUGGGUAACUGAAAUCUGUUACUAGUUUUUAGUGUUUAAAGACAAAGAAUAGUAUGCGCUGUCUUAAUGCUGUUUACCUGAAACAGUAUUAAGGCAGUACAUACUAUUGCCUGUCUUUGGAUUUUUACAAUUAUGUCAGUAAAAGAUUAUACAUAAUAAAAUGUUAAACCACAUUAAGUGUGCUUUAAUUUCUCCCCUCAAAUAUAUCUGGUCUAAUACUUGUGCUGUGUUGAGACUAAAACAUACCAUUUUUUGUUGUUGCUUUACUAAAAAGAAGUAAACUAAACAUGCUAAAUUAGAUUACUAACUGGGGCAUCAGAAACUCUUACAAUGGAAGCUAAAAAUAGAAUAUUCUCUGAGAAAAUUUCAAUUUAAAAUUUCCCAGAUCCACAUCACUAUUUGUGAGACACACAGUCCCAGAUCAGUUCUCAGCAUCUCUAGUUUUUGUUUUUAAACGAGUGGGAUUUGUCUUCAACCACACAAAUGUCAACUUUUUAUUGGUAUCCACCAUAUAAACUGACAUUCAUCCUGGAUAAUUAAUUUGUAUCCCUUAUGGUGUCUCCUUCCUGGGAAUGCCUUCACAGCCUUGUGUCUCCAAUACAUCGCCUCUGGUUUUUUGUUUUAUUUUGAAUGGGAGGUUGAAUAACAUCCAACCCACCAAAGACUUUGUAUUUGCAAGCAGCUCAACUUACCUGUGUCAGAAAAUCCUUUCAUACUUGUGUUCUCUUCCCUGCAUUUGUCAGUAGGUACAGGUAUAAAUCUCACGUCAUGAAAGUGACUUGCAAUAUUUUUUUGAGAUAGUCAAAGCAUAAUUGAAGAGAUGGGAAGAUCCAUUUGUGUAAAGGAACAGGAGAGAUUAUUUCUUUCUCACCUGUAAAUGAUGCAAGAUAGCAGAACAGUUGGACUUUGUAACUGAGUAGCACUGGAAAGUACUUGCACCUGGAUGAUGAUGAUGAUGAUGAUGAUGACCUUGAGUUGUGACCUUUCUUGUAGGUGGAGGGGUUGUGGAUUCUGAGAGUUCCAAAACACGUCUGAGCAAGAGGAAGCACCAGUACAAAACUAUUGAACGGAAUCUGAACAACAUUAAUAUCUCCGAUGAAGAUCAUAGGUGUGAGGUGAGAGAACCUGCUCCGAAGGACAUUUCUCAAACACCCCCUUCCUAAAGUAGUUGGUUGACUAUCUGCCUACAGCAUCUGCUGGGAGAAUAGUUGGAGACAUUAGAGCAGAAAUCUGGGUGGUGGAGGAACAGCAUGUUCAUCUUUGUUGGUCAGUUCAUUACAACUAUCCUGUGUUCCUGUUGGGAUCCAUCCUUUUCAUAGAAUCAUAGAACUGUAGAGUUGGAAGUGGUCUAGAGGGUCAUCUAGUCCAACCCCCUGCAAUGCAGGAAUUUUCGCCCCUUUAGGGAGUGAAAUGUUGUUCCACUGUUCUAAGUCUGGCAUACAGCUGCACACAAUGUGUAGAGUAUCUGACAGAGUGAGAAGUUAGUGCUUUCUUGUCCAUGGGCAGAGCAAGUUCACAGUCUGGAGAGUGGAACUGGGUUGGUAUCAAGGACCAGUAGCUUAAGCUCCCUUGACACACAGAAAGGAGCUGUGGGGCCAAUGUCCGUGCAUGAAGUCUGGAUGUAUGCAGGGGAAAGCCUGUCUAUGGAUAUCUAAGCGCAUAGACUUUCCACAGGAGCUGGAAUCCUGCACCAUUAGGUUCCAGCUAGUGUGGAAAGCAUAUAGAGUUUUAUGUGUUCCCAUGCAGCCUGUGAUCUUAAGGUGACCUCAGACCAUUUUCUACAUGGGAUGUGAAGGCUAGCAUAACAUGGUCAGCGGUGCCAACUUGAAUAAAAUAUUUUGGGGGGGCAAGGAAGCCCUGCCCUGUAUAAUGGAUCACAUUACAUGGUGCGUGGACACCAUUUGAAUCACAAUGCCCGUCAAAUUUGGGGUGUUCCGGCCCCCUCAAAUAUUUUAUUGGGGAGGUGAAGACGGCUCAGCUCCUAGGAGUUGGCUCCUAUGAAUGUGGUUGUAUGCUUUGUAAAUUGUUGUAAACUGCCCUAAGACCUUAGGAUGAAGGGCAAGUACCAAAUUAUUAUUAUUAUUAUUAUUAAUUACCAAUUGAAGCUAUAGAUGAGAAAUCUGUAGUUAAGGUGAGAAAUCAGUUGAGUCCAUUUUUAAUUAAUGGAGGUAAAUCUUAAUUUUUAGGGCUCAGCAAAGGAUGCUUUUGUUUGUCCUUUGUUGUACUAGGAAGAUAAAAUAUUUGAAGACCUAGUAAAGCAUAGGACCUUUUUGUCUAUAAUGGUAGGUUCUUGCACUUCCUAUAAUAUUUCAAAAUGUGUUGCUGCAUAUUGAGAUAUAUAUUUUUGAUCACUUAGGCAGUCAGUUGUAUUGCUUAAUCACUGAAGAGGCUUGAUGUAAAAAAUAUCUUAUGAGUAAAACCAUGUGCCUUUUUGCUGUGGCGGGUGGAAGAGGGAUGAGAAGUGAGAAGGGAAUAUGUGGUGGCUUCUGUUUCCUUCCCUUGAUGUGUUUAGCUUUACAUGACCUACUCCUGGGAACAUGUUUGGGGACAGAGCCUGGAGCCUUUGCUACUGGUCCAAACAGUGAAUGUUAAGCAGCAUCUGCAAAGUUUCAUUGAACUUGAUCUUUGAACCUGAGCUCCUGUUAUUUCCCCCCACCUCCACCCAACCAGGUUGAUCCCAUGUUCCAGAGAACAGCAGCCUCCUUUGAUGAGUGCAGUACGGCUGGUGUUUUCCUCACUAUGCUUCAUGUACACAACUUUCUCAGUGAAGUUCUGUUUGAUUCCAUGGUCAUCCCCCUGCCUUCUUCUACGACAGCCGAGCUGCCGACAUCUUCUCAUGUGAAAGUGACAGGCUUAAAGUGUAGGUGCUAACAGUUGCUAACUCUCUAUCUUCUUCUAGGUGCAGUAAUGUUUCAUUUUGAGUAGGCUGAGAACCAAGCCAGGAUAGGAUAGGUGGGAUCACACAUAUAUUGAGACCUUUCCACUUUGCAGUGAUAGAGGAGUCAUGCUGCUUUGCCUCUGGAGGCAGAGCCAGUCUGAGUGUUCACAGGAGCUAAGCGUUACAAAGAAAGAGAUGCCUGCAGGCUUGAUACCACCUCUUCUUUCUACUUUGAUUUGGUAGGGGGUGGGGAAUGUUUGCUUCACUUAAUGCCCUGGAGAAGAGAUACCAUGGGCCAGGCUCCAAAAAUGAGCUUACCCUCAACAGAAGGCUCUCUUUUGUCCAUCCCUUUGCAAGUAUCAAAGAAGGAGCAGCUGUGGGUACAGCAGGUGCCUGUGUCCUUGAAGUCUGCAGGGAGUAGAAACUGAAGGAGUAGAGGGUUGGGGAGACAUGGUACCAAGCCCCCUGACACCAGGGCCUCAGCCCAAGUUACCAGUAAUCAAGGGUAUAAAUUACUAUUAGUAGUACAAGGAUUAGGGGCCUAUCAAGAUCACUCAUGAGUUCUCUUUGUCCAGAGUUCUCAUCUGUGGGGGAGCAUGGUAGCAUAAGGGGGGGUGCGGUUAUGGCUUGGAAUCUCCAACUCCUCUCUUCUUGUCUUCCUUUCUAGCCAUCCUUCUGCAGUGUGCUGAAAAGCGCCCCAUCUGCCCUUCAUUGGCUGGCUUCUUAUUUACCCAGUGGGACAGUGAAACCCAUAAUGAGGUAUGUCAAGCUGGCCGCCACAGUGAAUUAAGUGAACUGGUCACACAAUGGGGGGAUUUAAAGCUAUUUCAGUUUCUAGCCCAUAAUUGCCUGCAUUUCAUGGUGGUUGUGUUUUUUUUAAAAAAUGUUUCUGAAGCUUCAUUGUCAGCCACUUGAUCUUGCAGGCAGAGGUACCUAUAGCCUCACAGUUUCACAUUGCUAUUACAUUGAAUAGGUGACAUCUGGAAUCUGAUAUUUACAGGAUACCCUGAAAACAUAUAUGCUUGGGUGCUUAGUAUAAAAGCACCAUAUUUUAAAAUGUUCUUCAUAUCUUCAUGUUCACCAUGUGGGCAUGGUAGCUUUAUGAAUGCGAUUAGUCAUUUGCCUUAUCUAUAUAGCUGGCCUACAUAUCUAUAUAGGUCAACUAACUUUUGUGUCAAAUUGUGACAAAUUUCUAGGCCACUGAGGAAGAUCUUUUGGAGACUGAAGCGAGUUUUGUUUCUACUUCAGAUUGAUGUAUAGGCAUCAUUUUGGGUGGAUGAGAUGUAUAUUGUAUUUUAGUAAUCUUAUUUUUGUUGCCUAUUCUUGUUUGUGGGAUUAAAAUGCAUUUUGUUCUUGUAUACAUUUUAGCAGCUAUUCAUAUAUUCCCCCCUUUCUCUGUUGAAGUCACACAAAUUAUACACUAAUUCUGUUGUCAGUUUUCUCUCUGCCUCCAAAAGGAUUUUCCUUUUACAUUUUCUUUUCUUUUCAGUCAGUGGCUGCUUUGUUGGAUAAAUUUAAGAAGAGUGACCAGGCAUUUGAUGUCAAUGCAGAGAUUGAUAGUGACCCUGGAGAAUAUUCUGAGGACCCAGCAGAGAACGAUUUUGAUGCUGACAUGCCGGCCGAGACGGUUGAGAAGGACCUUAGCGAGUUCUCCGAAAAUUUGGAGUUAUGUAGACAAACACCAGGAAUGUUGAGGUAUGUUGAGGAAGGUUUGUGUAGGAAUCAGGCCUUUCGUGUGGUGGUGCCUACCCUCUGGAACUCCCAUAAAAUAGACAUGGUCACUAUUGUGUUUUAGCACCUGUUGAAGAUCUCAUUCUUUCAACAAACCUUCUAAAUCCCCUUGAGUGUUAGAAUUGGAUUUGAAGUUUUGGAGAAUUGUUUUAUAAUCCAUACCACUGCUCCUUCAAGAAAAUAAUUCCCAGCCUUAUGCCUCCAGUAUAUGUCCUCUGCUUUACUGGAUGGAACGUUUCAGAAAUCUCAACUCAUCCAGUGAGGUUGAGAAUGUCUCCCAUUACCUGUUAAGUGAUCCCUUAUACAAGGCACACAAGUCUUGUAGCCUCCAAUCUCUGUCAGGCAGACCCAUUGUGAUCUAUGUAUUGCUUGCAGGCAAAGAUGUAUUCAUUGCCAUCCAAAUAGCCAGAUUUACUCUGGCAACAAAGAAAAUGAGCCAGGUUCCAAAAAUGGGAGGGGGGGGCAGGGAGUGGGAUUUGCUUUUGUCUUAUUAUAUUUUAACACUUUUAUAGUUUAUUGUAGAGGGGUAAUGUGGGAUUUACAUUGGGUGUGUGUUGUUCUGUUGUACAGUGGUGUCUCGCAAGACGAAAUUAAUCCGUUCCGCGAGAGUCUUCGUCUAGCGGUUUUUUCGUCUUGCGAAGCAAGCCCAUUGACGGAUUAGCGCUAUUAGCGCUAUUAGCGCUAUUAGCGGCUAUUAAAGGCUUAAAGGCUUAGGGGAUUAGCUGCUAAAAGGCUAUUAAAGGCUAUUAAAGGCUUAGCAGAUUAGAUAAAGGGGGGGGAAAGCGAAAAAAAAAAUUCAAGACUCGCAAGACAUUUUCGUCUUGCGAAGCAAGCCCAUAGGGGAAUUCGUCCUGCGAAGCAACUCCAAAACGGAAAACCCUUUCGUCUAGCGGUUUUUCCGUCUUGCGAGGCAUUCGUCUUGCGGGGCACCACUGUAUAUAUGUGUCUGCUGAACUGAAAUGCCUGUUUUGUUUGUAUUGUUUUGGCCUAUGGCUUUCUUGUUUACAUUCGGUUAAGAGUGGAUUUCAAAGGUUUAUAAAACUAUGUAUUAUAUGUUUUACUCUGAAUGUUUUUCUUCAUUGUGAAAUCACUUCAGGAUGCUUCACAGGCAACAAUUCAUAAAAAUAAUUAAAAUGGUGGGGAGAAUUUUUUAAAAAAAACCUUUGAGGAAGCUUUACAAAUAGAAUAAAAUCCUGGUGAGAAUGAAUAAAACUGGUGACUUUUAUAAUCAGGCGUGUGUAUGUACUUCUUCCAGAAAAGAAGUGGUUCCCCUGGGGGAAGGAGAUGUCAGGUCCAUGUCGCUUCAUUUGUCCCUGAAGCCCAGCGAAUAUUCUUACUUCAGCCCCCGAACCAUGUCCAUGUGGGCAGGCCCAGAGCACUGGCGGUUCAAGCCUCACCAUAAAGGUAAGGCUGUGAAGGGAGUCGUGGGAGUUCAUUCCCUGGCUUUCUUCUUGCAUAUUGACCUACAGCUUUAUAGGUCCUGUGUAGAAUUUGGAAAUGCAAGUCUUCUCAGAACAUGAAAUCCACAGUUCAUGCCUCUUCGGAUGUGACUCAGUCAAAGCAAAGCAUUGUCAAAGCUUAUCCUGACCCUCGAAUUAGGUUUGAGAGUUCCAAGGUGAGGUGGUAUGUAGUAGAGAUUGCCGAAAGACAACUGAGGCGAUAUUCAACAUUUUAGGAAGUGCACUCUGAAACAAGCAGCAGCACCAAAUAAUAAACUCUUGUUAACCUUCUGUAGCAGAUCCAGCAACAUCUUCCACUCAGUUGCUUCUACUCACUCUUCACAGGUGAUGCCAACCCUGAGAAAGCAAACAAAAGAAAGGCUGCAAAAAAAGUAUUUGAGAUAAACUUUGAAGAUGAGAUUGAUUUUGAGCCUUACUUCCGCAAAACAAGGGUAUGUUUUAAACUCUUGAUGGGGCGUGUAUGUGGGUGGUUGUUACACAAGAUAUUACUAGCUUUAAAAGCAGUUUUAAAAAUAUUUUAUACAAUAAAGGAUAGGUCUUGUCAACUGCUGUUACCCAUUACAACUUUGGAGAAUUCCCAUGUUAGGAGAAGACAAGCCUUUGAAUACAACAUGUUGAGGACAGUCAGCAGUAGGAGACGGCAACUAGAGCAAUGUUGGUGGAAAACUCUAAAUGAGUCUGACAGAACACGGGAUAGAACCUCUUUGAAGACCUACUCUGUGGCAGUGCAGGCAGUGAAAAAGUAUUUUUCUCUCUCUGCCUCCAUUGCAUCAGCAAGGAACUGUUCAGUGGAGCUGUUUCAAGUGGUCAGGGGUCUUUUACAAAGGCCCAUGUCAUAAUUUAGACCACUUGACAGCUCUCUGUGAACAAGUUGCUCAGCACUUUGCUGACUAAAUCGCUCAAAUCUGUUCUGACUUGGACACUAGUAGAUACAGGUCCAGUGGGUGUAACUUUGGCCUCUGCUUAUCCCGUGUUAAUGGAUACUUUUCAGUUUAUGUAGCCUGAGGAUGUAGACAAGGAUCCUUGAAAAUGUGAGAGCUACUGCAUCUAUUCUGGAUUCUUGCCCUUCCUGACUCAUCAAAAAGGCCAGUGGGGGACUGGCUGGAAGGGUAGAGGGAGUGGUCAAUGCCUUCUUACAACAAGGCUGCAUUCCAGCACACCUAAAGGAGACAGUUAUAAGACCUCUGUUGAAAAAGCCCUCCCUCAAUCCCACCAUAUUGGAUAAUCAUUGGCCAGUCUCCAAAAUACCAUUUAAUACCAUUUGGGUACCAUUUGGGGGCAAGGUACUGAAGUGUCUGAUGGCUUCUCAGCUCUUGGGGGUUUCUGGAAAAGACUAUCUAGAUCCAUUUUAGUUUGGUUUCAGGCCUGGUUAUGGGUCAGAGACUGCUUUGGUCUCCUUGGUGACUUCUAUAUGCCAGGAACUGGACCGGAGGAGUUCUGGACCUCUUGGUGGUUCUUGUACCAUCAACCAUGAUAUCCUUCUGGACCACCUUGCUGGGAUAGAACUUGGAGGCACUGUUUUACAGUGACUCUGUUCCUUCCUGGAGGGGGUGAACCCAGAAGGUGGUACUGGGGAACUUCUGUUUGACACCUUGGCCAUUGGCCUGUAGAGCCCCUGAGAAUCCUGUUCUGUCCUCUGUGCUAUUUAACACUUAGGUGAAACCUCUGGGAAAGUUUGUCCAGAGUUUUGGGGUUUGGUGCUGAUGACACCCAGCUCUUAUUUCUCCUUUCCACCUAAAUCCAAAGAAGCUGUCUUGGUUCUAAACCAGUGUUUUGGAAAGUGUGGCUCUGGGUGACAGCGUGUGAAAAUUUCCAUUAUAAAUUAAGAACUUGUAGCAUAGCAUAUAAGCAGCCUUGACUUGAUUAGUGUAUAAUAAUUAUGCAUUCUUUUUUAUAUAAUCGAAGUAGGUCUAAAAUUCAAGCCAGUUGAAUCAAUGCAGGGACUGCACUUUUGAGGAAAUAUCUCCAGAUUACUUUUCCUACCUUUUGCAACAUUUGUUCUUACCUUCUUAGCUCACAGACUAUUGAUGUGUUGCCCUAUACCAUUGAUUCCCAAACUGCAGUGCUAAGGUACUACAGGAGGUGCUGAAGUGUGUAUUGAUAAACGAAAGCAUAUUCAAAUCAGAUUUGAUUCCAGUGAAGUAUAAACUUCAGGUUUAGAAAGGUGAUAUUUGGAGGGGAGUGCUUGAUUUUUCUGUGGGCUUCUGCUUUUCUCAAACAGGCAGCUACUACUCUGUCCAAGUCAACCCUUGAAAGUCAAAACAAGAAAAGCAAAACUCUUCCUGCAGAUUUCCGCUAUGAUCCAGACAACCUCACCCGCCUCUUCCUUAAGCCAGCCAAUAGGGUAAGCUUUCUCAAUUCCAUGCAACACUCCUGCCUUGCCUCCCCGUGUCAUUACAGUGGUACCUCUGGUUAUGUACUUAAUUCGUUCCGGAGGUCCGUUCUUAACCUGAAACUGUUCUUAACCUGAAGCACCACUUUAGCAAAUGGGGCCUCCCGCUGCUGCCGUGCUGCUGCUGCACGAUUUCUGUUCUCAUCCUGAAGCAAAGUUCUUAAUCCGAGGUAAUAUUUCUGGGUUAACGGAGUCUGUAACCUGAAGUGUAUGUAACUCGAGGUACCACUGUACUGCAGUUUCAGCUUGGUUUGGUUAUCAGUUGGCUGCUCUGGGCAGAAGGGCAUGCUGAAGCAAUUUCUGGAGUGAGUGUGUUUUAGUUUAAUGAUCUUUCCCAUUAGUGACUGAUGUCCUAAGUCACCCAAGUCUUUGGUUUCUGCAGCUGUCGAAGGUGCCACUGCAGGGUGACUCGUCCAGUCACGACAGUGAGGUUGAAGAGUAUGAUUACAACAACCCCAAUGACACCUCCAAUUUCUGUCCUGCAUUGCAGGUAAGCUGCAAAGAUCACUACUGUGGGUUGCAUCCUUUCUUAUAUGAAGGUUAUAGAAGCUGGCUGCCAAUCUGGGCAGAGAGGUUUGGCAGCCUUCCUAUUGGUUAACAACCUCGGUGGCUUUUGUCAGUCCUGCCUCAGUGCAACAUUAUCUGAAGGACCUCAAAAGGCGCUCUAACAACUGAGGGACCCUAACUAGAAUAAGGAAUAAUCCCACAUUGUCUGGUUCUCAGAAGGGGGAUAAUAUUUUGCAACCAUGGCACAGGCAGCUUCUCUAAGAGGUGUGCAAAAAAGAAGCAACAACAGACAACUUAAAUAUAAAUAUAAACUUAAAUAUAAAAUGUUAAAUAUAAAAUGUAAAAAUGUUACAUUAAACAAAGUUACAUACCCCCCCAAUAUCAUUUUUCUUCUGACACACCCUCCCUCUCAGCCUCUGGGUUCUCUCCCAGGGUCCAAACAAACUCUCAGCUCACUCACAAAAGUCUUAAACAAAAGAAAUUCCUGGAAACCGUGGUCAUUACCUUACUUUGAACAGCCUUGGCUUCCCCCAAUAAUCCUGGGGACUUCAGCUUAAGUGUUCUGAGAGUUAUGAGCAGACCCUGUUUCCCUCACAGAGAUACAAUUUCUAGAUUGGUUUAACAAUUAGUCCCUUUUCCCAGGAAACUUUGGGAAUUGUAGCUCUCUGAGGGGACUAUGGGUGUUCUAUCAGUUCCUGGUACCUUUAAACUACAGUUCCCAGUAUUCUUUGGGAGAAGCCAUAACUAUUAAAGUGAUAUAAGAUUUUAUUUAUCUAAAUCGAACUCGAAGGGACGCGGGUGGUGCUGUGGUCUAAACCACAGAGCCUAGGGCUUGCCGAUCAGAAGGUCGGCAGUUCGAAUCCCUGCGGCAGGGUGAGCUUCUGUUGUUCGGUCACAGCCCCUGCCCACCUAGAAGUUCGAAAGCACGUCAAGUGCAAGUAGAUAAAUAGGUACAGCUCUGGUGGGAAGGUGAACCAUGUUUCCGUGCGCUGCUCUGGUUCGCCAGAAGCGGCUUAGUCAUGCUGGCCACAUGACCCAGAAGCUGUCGGCGGACAAAGUCGGUUCCCUCGACCUAUAGAGCAAGGUGAGUGCUGCAACCCCAGAGUCGUCCACAACUGGACCUAAUGGUCAAAGAUAUCUUUACCUUUUAAAAUCCAACUCAGAGUAGACACAUGGAGAUGAACAGGCUGGAAUUAGUCGUGGUCAUGAACUUUAGUGAGUCUGCUCUGAGUUGGACUAGGAUUGAAAUUGAAUACCAUCUCUUGUGCUUUAGAUGUUUGGGGUUGUGUUAAACUGACUUAGGUCUAUUAAUUUCACUGGGUAAAUGUUACUAGAAUACAAUUAGUAACUGUAUUCUGUAUGUGACCUGAAUGGGUCCUUUUAUGCCUUAGCAUAAAGAGUUCCUUUUAUGCCUUAGCAUAAAGAUGAAAUCCUUGAAGAUAGAUUAGUUUUAGAGAGGGGUGGGGAAUCUGAGUUCAAAAAGUUGGAGCAACUCUGCAGAAAAAGUUGGGGGGAGAGGGAAUGUUGCUUGAAUGUGUGGGUGAGGGGCGUUGCGUGUUUCCUGGCUCUCCAUCUUAACUCUGACCCUGUUUGGCUUCCCUCCCUGUCCUUUUUUUCUACUCAGGAUGGUGACGGUGACGGUGAUGAUGACGAUGACGUUCCUGUGGACUUCAUGGGCCAGAAUGGGAUGUUUGAAAUGACAGCCUAUCCUGCAGGAGAGGCAGGCCAGGAGAGAGAGCUCAAUGGAGGCCUCAAUGGGAACAAUAUCACCACCUAUGGGGAAUUGAACCUGGUGGCUGAGCCACAGAAGGCAAGUACUGGUGUAGGAUGCAUGGCCUGCAAAGCAGCUCCUUUCUUUCAGGCUUAUGUCUGUUGUGCGCUACCAGGGGGGCUGGUACACAUUUCACAGGUGGCACUGGAACCUGGGUGUCUGUCUGUGGCUCAUGCUACGCUACAGUUUCAUUCGGCUGCUCCAGGCUUUUGUGACACUUGCUGUGCUCUUUCUCUGCCGCCCAUUGCAUAAGGCAGGGCUGGGGAGCCUCAUGCUUGGGACCUGGCUGCAGCCCUCCAGGGAUUUAGCUGGCCCUCAGGACUCUUUCCCAGGCCACAGCCCUCGCAGGGCUUGCUUUACACCCACCUUGGUUGUCUUUGCCCGCCUGGAAUGUGUCCUUGACCUCUGAUAAUCCUCCUUGUCUGCCUGGUUGGAGGAUAGAGGGUGUGUGGGUGUGGGUGGGUGGUUGUUUAGAAAUUAGGCUACUGCCCAAAGAUAAAACUUACAUUCAUUGCUCCACCAUCUUUUACUCUGCCUACACCUACCACCACAUGUGGCCUCUGGAAGGGAGUGUGGCCCUCUGGAUUGAAACACCUCCCCACCCCUGGCAUAGAAGGUAGUCUUGUGCCUAGAUGGAUCUGUUUUCUGCACGGUUCAGAGUCCUUGUGUUAUGGUGGGGGUGAGGGUAUAUGCUUGCCAAUUCCUGGUGAAGCUAGGAGGAUGGAAAUUUAGUUCUUUCUCCUAUUGGCUGGGCUAAGAGGUAGUUGGUAUUUUCGGUGCCAAGAAGAGCUACGUGUUUAUUCAAAAUAAAAAUGACGGUCACUAGCUUCCUCUGCUUCUGUGCUUUUUCUUAUUGAACUCUUGGGUUUAUUUAGUUUAAAUAGCAAGCCCAAGGGCAUAGGGAGUAGCUUGUGCCUUGAUGCCAUAAGGGGCAGGGUUGAAGAUUUGUCUUUCUGUUUACUGAUGCCUUCUAACUGGAUGGUCUUUGGCUAGCUCUGUUUCCCUUUCUCUGCUCUUCUAGGUGAACAAGAUUGAUAUUCAGUAUGCAAAGACUGCCAAAAAGAUGGACAUGAAGAGGCUAAAGCAGGGCAUGUGGCUGCUCCUGACUGAUGCCCAGACAAAUCAAACUGAGCAAGAGGUAUGCAGCCCCGGGAAACCCUGAAUGCCUCUGCUGCUCUUACCCAGUGAUGCCUUGGCCCACUCACCAUCCCAGACAGACAGGCUCUCAUUCUGUUUUUAUCUCAACCAGCUUUGGUGGCACUCUUAAUGUCACCUGGAGCCAUUUGCUUCCUUGGUUCAGCAGUACCAGCAGAAAACUGGAAUUCAGGGCUGUGUGAACUCUGGACUUAAAGGCUGAAUUCUGUAAUCUAUUUUAAAAAUAUCUAAUUGGCUUCGCUAAUCACAGGGAGGACCACAGUGCUAUGCAGGGUACUAGAAAUCUUACUCACCCCUCCUCCCACCCCCUAGUUCUGGCUCAGGCAUGUCUUUGUAAACAUAGGGAUUAGAGACUUGCUGUUUUACAAAGCCAAAAUUCUCAUAAAGCUGAAUUCUGAACUGUAUGUAACUGCAGUACACCCAGGAUUGCACACCUAUGGCUGUAUUUCAUUUAAUGCUGCUUUCUGCCUUUGCAUUUUCCUGCAGUUGGCACACACCCUGAUUUUAGGCAGAGAAUCUGUCAUAGCAGUAAUAUAAUACUUAAUAUUUAUAUAGUACUUGCAGGUGUUCAAGUUGUAAUCCUUCCAACAACCUUCUGAGGUAGGUAAUAUUAAAAGCACUGGACACAUGGUACAGAAGUUUAAAACAUGACAGGAUCUGCUUCACAGGCUUUCAGUUUGUUUACUAGGUGACCUUUUAAGAUUUCAAACUUACUUACACAGAAUGAAGUCAUGGAGAAAGAUGCUAACUCUUCAGUCGUAUCUGGUCAGAAGGUCUUCAGCAGCGUUAUCAAGGAUCUGUGUCACAGGUACUUCAGGUCACCAGGACUUUGUCUAGGAUGCCAGGAAAAGAGACACAUUUACACCCCAAUCCUUUGGCUGAAGCAUUGGAGCCAACCACCACAGGGGUCCAUUUAAAGUGUGCUUCAUAUGUUGGCAUUGGCCCCCAAGUUGCUGAAUGUUUCUUCAAUUAGUCAUCAAAUUUUCCUGUUUGCAAAAAUAAAAUAAAAUAAAAAUCAACCUUGAGUCACUGACAUGAUUGUGCUCUGCAAGUGGAAUGUUGGUUGUAGAAUUUAAAAUCUUUUUAGAACCAUGCUGUACAUUCUUGCUGUGUAGCUGAGAGGAUGAAUUCAAAAGAAGGCAUAGACUGGGAUGCAGCAGGUCUUCCUGUUUUAUCCCAUUGCAAAAUAACCCAGCUGUAAGCAGCUGUCUUGCUGGCAACCUGCUAAGGCAGUCAAGUCAUAACUAGUACUGACCUAGCCUUCCACCAGAACACUAGAAGUGCAAAGUACUCUUAAUAGUAUGCAUGUUUACCAGUUGUAUUCCUAGAAGGUAUGUUUAAGAUUGCAGCCCAGGGGUGCACACAUUUCUUUUGCUCCACUGUUGCUACUGGUCAAACAGGUUUGGUAGGUUUCUGAACAAAUAGCUGCCAGAUCGGUUUAGUAGGGGUAAAGUGAGUUUGUGCAAUGCAAGAUGUGAGCUCUCUUAUUAACAAAAGCCACAUUCACUCAACCCUAUAAGUCAUAAACCACGGUUUACUGUAAAUGUUUUGGAUGUGCUCCUAUUUUGAUCCUCAGGCCACAGCCUGAGCAUCAGUUUACAUGUCAUGCUUAGCCAAGGCUCAUGGUUUGUUGCUGCUGGCCUGACAAAGAGGGAAAAGCAGGGAGUGUUAUUUAGCAGCAUGUAAUGCUUGUUCAAUGGUAGUUCAUGGUUUGUGGCUUAAUGUGAUCAUGCCCAAAGUAUUUGAUCUACUUCUCAACUUGAUUUUUGUCUUUCACAGACUGCCUUCCACGAUGGCAAAGAACUUGUCUGCGCCACUGGCAUUUGCUUGCCUCCUGCAUCUGGCGAAUGAAAAGGUACGUGAUAAAGGCAGGAACUUGAAUAACAUCAAGGACAAGUUGGAGAGAAGGGGCUCUUUCUUGCCUACACAGGCAAUGCAGUGAUACACAUUUUGGCCUUGGCAAACAAGUCCAUGAUAUCUUCUUUUCCGCACUGGCUGCAUAUGUGGAAAUUUCAAAGCUUGAUAUGUAUUUUGAUCCCUGUUUCCCCUUUGUCUCCAGAACCUGAAGCUAGAAGGUGUGGAAGACUUGUCUGAAGUCUUAGUGCUGCAAGGAGAUUAAUGUGUGCCACUGGGGCAGAAUAAGAAAAUCUUGGAAAACCUAGGAUGGAAUUUAUCACACACACACACACACACACACACACACAUGAUCCUCAUAGACUGAGGAGGCCAAAAGCAGCAUCAGUACAUGCUCUUGAUUAAACAGUUUGUGAUUCCAAGACUUGAAACCAUGGGAAGUCAGGAAAAGAGUGCCAUUAGUGUUUUAAUUCUCUUCUGAAUUCUGCAAAUUCCCUCUCCCACUGUCUGAUUGUGAUCACAGCUAAGAAUUGCUAGAUGUAUUCAGUUUGCUUUAUUUUAACAUGAGUAUUUAAUUCCUGUACAUAUAAAAACUCUCCUGUAUGUCUUUUUUGCUCUCUUCUUAUAACCUCCUUUAUCAUUGAAUAUGAAUGUACUGAUAUAUUUGUACAAAUGUGUGUUUUUUGUAAGUAAUAAACAAUGUGACCCUCCA